CAGGUAAUUCUUGCGGGGGGAUUAAGUUGCGACGCACUAUAUGGGCUCGCUAUUGUUAGGUGUGAGUUCGGCACGAGCAUAUGUCGCUUCGCCAAUCUGAUAUAUACUAUGUUAACAGUCGGAGGUUGCGAGUUACCGACAGCCUCACAACAGCCUCUGCUAGCAGCGUAUGUACUUCUGGUCGUACUACAGAUAGAGGUUCUCGUGCUUUCUGUUUACAAGGCAUUCAAAAUGUAUCAUGCAAGUCGUGGAACGCUGUUAGUUUUGCUUGUACAGCACAACGUUGGAUAUUUCGCCACCUGUCUUGCAUUGAAUGGUAUCAACAUGAUGAGUGCGGUUGGAGUAGUAAGCCAUGAUCAUGCAAUGAUGGAAGUGACUCAGGUAAUCCUGCAAGCGCUGCUUGCCACCCGAAUGCAGAUCCACCUCUGGAAAAGCAUCGGUGGACAGAGCGAUAUACCGAUGGAUGAGAUGGCAUCAAUGUCAUUUGCUGACAGACGAGGUAUCACGAGUCUAGUCUGAGAUUGUGGCCGGUUUAACGUAUUGAAAUGUCUGUGUCAACUUUUGCGACAUAUGGCUGUCUGUAUCCUUUUGAAAUUCUGCACCAUUGGCGGGGAAGCUUUGUUGCUGCUUGCAACCAUAUCAGACAUUGCUGACGUAGUUCAUUUUCAUCGCCGACAUCGUCUCAUAGACCAAGGG